AUGGCUGAGGCAGAUAGACCGCCUUCCCUGGAAAGGAACGAUGUCCUGGAUGAGAAGAACGGUAUUGAUGCCACAGACACUUCGAGUCCCGCAGCAGAUGGCACGGUCACCGAGGACAGCCCUCAGACGCGGGAAACUUCACCAAAGGAGGCGUUGAUUCUGGACGCCUGCGGGCGAAGAGAUAUCUCCGAGCUCCAGGCACUGGCUGAGUUACCUGGAGGUUUUAUAACGGAUGAUUUGCGACAAGAGGCAUGGCCUAUCUUGUUGGGCCUGCCCAUAAGAACACGAACCGAUGGAGAUGAGAAGGCUCAUGAGGCGUACCUCAGCCAGGAAGACCUCUCAUGGAAACACUUGCCUCCUCACAAGGAUGAAGACCAGGUCAGACUCGAUGUGGACAGGGCCUUCGUCUAUUACCCUCAUUAUCGAACCGACGACGAACGCAAUCGACAAAAGGCACAUCUCUCUAACGUCAUUCUCUCUGUACUCCGCCGACAUCCUUACCUUUGCUACUUUCAAGGCUACCACGACAUAGCCCAGGUAUUCCUCCUCGUUCUCCCGCCGGCCCUGCGCGCGCCAGCGGUAACUCGCCUCUCAACCCUUCGCAUCAGGGACUUUAUGCUCCCCAAUCUCACCGCAGCGCUAGCCCAGCUCCGCCUCAUUCCGUCCAUUCUGAACGCCGCGGACCCCAAGCUCUGUGCGCACCUCUCCCAGACGGAACCCUUCUUCGCCCUGUCCGGCACGCUCACCAUGUAUGCCCACGACAUACAAUCGCUAGGCGAGAUCGCCCGCCUCUUCGACGUCCUGCUGGCGCGCGAGCCCAUCUUCAGCGUCUACAUGUUUGCCCAGAUCGUUCUGAACCGCCGCACCGAGCUCUUCGAGACACCCCCGACCGAGCCCGAGAUGCUCCACUCCAUCCUCAGCAAGCUGCCCCAGCCCCUCGACUUGGAGGCCCUCAUCACCGCCACCUCGGAGCUGUGCGCACGCUACCCGCCCGAGACCCUCGGCGCCGCGUGGAGGCGCGGCAUCAGCGAGUUCAGCGCCCUCAAGACGGCCCGGAGCACCGCCGACUGCGCAGGCCAGAGCGAGGCUGUCGGCGAGUACUAUUUCACCCAGCACGUGCGCGAUCUCGAGAGGCGCGAGCGCAGGGCCCAGGUGGUCAAGGCUCUCUGGGCCUACAGCCGGCCCGCGGGCAUGGUCGGCUUCGCGGUCCUGUUUGGUGUGCUGGCGUACUGGAUGCGGCGCUCUCCACUGGUAUCAUCGUCGUUGGCGGGCUUCAGCGAAUGA